GGCCUGCUGGGAGUCGUAGUUCUAACGCGUAGUUUCUCCUCACGCCUCCUGCCCCCAGCCCCCAACCGCAGCCCUUUCCGGCUUCAGGCCCAGGAAUCUUACGUCAUCGGGGGCGGGGCUAUGCGCCCGCAGUGUUGACAAGUCGCUUAGCAACCGGGAGGCUUACCUUUGGAAGCUUGUUGCAGCUCUAGCCACGGUCCUGCCCUCUUCCCGCCCCGCCCCUCCCCUAAACUCCCUUCACCUAGGAGCUGCCAAACAUCUGGAUCAACCUGGGCACUACGAGGGGUUGAAUUUCUACCAUUAUCGCGCCUUUGAUAUUUUUUUCCAGACCUCCUGCUCACAUCCGUAAAGCCCACUGAUUCUUUUACUACACUUUUUAUGAGAACAAGACAUUUUCUAGGAAGAUGGUGGCAGAAAAAGAGACCCUGAGCUUAAACAAAUGCCCAGACAAGAUGCCGAAGAGGACCAAGCUGCUGGCACAACAGCCGCUCCCGGUGCACCAGCCUCACUCCCUGGUUUCUGAGGGCUUCACAGUCAAAGCCAUGAUGAAAAACUCAGUCGUGAGAGGCCCUCCAGCUGCAGGGGCAUUUAAAGAAAGACCAACCAAGCCCACAGCAUUUCGAAAAUUCUAUGAGCGAGGUGACUUCCCAAUUGCCCUUGAGCAUGAUUCGAAAGGAAACAAAAUCGCCUGGAAGGUAGAAAUUGAGAAGCUGGAUUACCAUCAUUAUCUGCCUCUGUUUUUUGAUGGGCUUUGUGAAAUGACAUUUCCCUAUGAGUUUUUUGCUCGGCAAGGAAUCCACGACAUGCUGGAACACGGUGGGAACAAGAUCCUACCUGUCCUUCCACAGCUCAUUAUCCCGAUAAAAAAUGCCUUGAACCUCCGAAACCGACAGGUCAUCUGUGUCACUCUCAAGGUCCUCCAGCAUCUGGUUGUGUCAGCUGAGAUGGUUGGCAAGGCCUUGGUGCCUUAUUACCGUCAAAUCCUCCCUGUCCUGAACAUCUUCAAGAAUAUGAAUGACAAGCAAUCACAUGUGCAAAGGCAACUAGAAAGUCACUAUGCAUGCCCAAGGAAAGGCACAGGCCUAAAGAAGACCAGAGAAGACCUUAGGUUUACACCUCAGGCUGGUCAACAGCACAGAUACAACAGAGAGCAAUUUUUUUAAAAGAAAAACCUGGGGAAGGGGGUAGUCUGAUUUCCAGAGUUACUAUGUCAUUAGAUCAAAUAUCCAGUUUUCAACAAAAAUCACAAGGCAUACGAAGAAACAGGAAAGUAUUGUCCAUUCAAAGUAAAAAAUAAAUCAAUGGAAACUGUCCCUAAGAAACAACAGAUAGUAGACAUUGCUAGACGAAAGCUUUAAAAACAACUAUCUUAAAGAUACUCAAAGAACUGAAAGAACAUGGGGAGGAAGUCAAGAAAACAAUGUAUGAACAAAAUGAAGAUACCAAUAAAAAAAUUUUAAAAGUCUAAAAAGAAACCAGCUUCACAACUGGAACUAAAAAGGACAGUAACUGAGAGAAAAAAUUUAUCAGGAUACAAAAGCAGGUUGGAGUGGACAGAAACAUCAUUCGUGAAUUUAAAGAUAACACAAUAAAUUACAGAAUCUGAGGAAUAGAAAGAAAAAGGAUUUCUCUUUUGAAAAAAUGGACAAAGAGUGAGGGACCUGUGGAACAUCAUAAAGUGGACCAGUAUGUUCACUGUGGGAUUCUAAGGAGAAGAGAGAGAGAAAGCGGUAGAGAAGUUAUUCAAAGAAAUAAUGGCUGAAAACUUUCUAAAUAUGAUGAAAGCCAUGAAUGUAAACAUCCAAGAAGCUCAACAAACUCUAAGUAGGAUGAACUCAAAGAGAACCACACUGAGACAUAUUAUAAUCAAACCAUCAAAAGACAAGCAAUCUUGAAAGCAGUGAGAGAAAAAGGACUCAUCAUGUAUACAGAAUACUCCAAAGAUUAACAACUGACUUCUCAUUAGAAACUAUGGAGGCCAGAAGACAAUGGGCUAAUGUAUUUAGCAAGGAAAAGCAAAACAAACAAACAAAAAAAAUUGUCAACCAAGAACCCAAUAUCCAGCAAAACUGUAUAUCAAAAGCAAAGGGGAAAUUAAGACAUUCCCAGGUAAGCAAAAGCCAAGAGAGUUUGCUACUGCUACACCCACCCUGCAGAAAACACUAAAAGGAGGCCACAGAUUGAAAUGACUAGAAAUUAGCUUGAAGCCAUAUGUAGAAAUAAAGGUCUCGGUAAAGGUAAAUACAUGAGCAAUUAUAGAAACUAGUAUUGUUUCACUUUGGUGUGUAACUCCACAUUUUUUCUACAUUAUUUAACCUAUUAAUGCAUAAAAAAUACAAGUUCAUGUUUUUGGACAUACAGUGUAUUAAGACGUAAUUUUGUAAUAUCAAUAACUGAUCCCAACACUUUGGGAGGCCGAGGUGGGCAGAUUAUUUGAGGCCAGGAGUUUGAGACCAGCCUGGCCAAUAUGGCAAAACCCUGUCUCUACUAAAAAUAUAAAACUAGCUGGGCAUGGUGGUGCGCCCCUGUAAUCCCAGCUACUUGGGUGGCUGAGGCACAAGAAUUGCUUGAACCCAGGAAGUGGAGGUUUCAGUGAGUCGAGAUUGUGCCACUGCACUUCAGCCUGGGUGAGAGAACUGAGACUCUGUCUCAACAACAACAACAACAACAACAAAACCUGAAAAGAGUGAGGGUGCUGUUGCAUAGGAGCAUUUUGUGUGUGUGUUAUUGAAGUUAAGUUGGUAUCAAUUCAAUUUGGAGUUUUAUAACAUUAGGAUAUUAAAUGUAAUCCUUAGGGUGACCACAAAGAAAAUAGCUAUAGAAUACUUACAAAAAGAAAUGAGAAGCAAAUUAAUUCACUACACAGAUAAAGACUAAGAAUGAAGACUGAAUCCUAACAUCCAUAUAUAUAUAUGCAUGUUAUUCAGUCUUGGGAAAAAAGGAAAUCCUAUUUGGAGUGUCAUGAAUGAACCUGGAGGACAUUAUACUAAGUAAAAUAAGCCAGACACAGAAAGAAAAAUAUUACAUGAUCUCACUUAUAUGAUGAAUCUAAAAUAAUCAAACUUAAAGAAGCAGAGAAUGGAAUGGUGGUUGCCAGGGGCUGUGGGGUGGGAGAAAUAGGGAGAUGCUGGCUAAAAGGUACAAAAUUUCAGUUAUAAGAUGAAUAAAUUCUGGAGAGCUAAUGUACAGCAUGGUGACCACAGUUAAUUAUACUCUAUUGCAUACUAGAAAUUUCCUGAGAGUAGAUAUCAAAUGUUCUCAGUAUCAAAAAAAAAAAAAAAAGGUAAUAAUGUGAGGUGAUGGAUAUGCUAAUUAGCUUGAUUAUGAUAAUCAUUUCACAAUGUAUUCAUAUAUCAAAACAUCAUGUGUACAACUUAAGUAUAUACAAUUUUUAUUUGUCAAUUAUAUCUCAACAAAGCUGGAAAUAAAAGAGGAAGCUCCUUUAAAGAUGUGUCUGUGAUUUCCCAGUGACAUGGAUCAUUUAGGAUUGUAAUCAACCAUUGAAAUUGUUAGUUAGCCAACUAAAUCUCUUAUAUACAAAUAGAAACCUUGAAUCUCAUAAAAUCAAUACUUAAUGAAUACCUACUGCAUGCUGAGUUCCAGAGACACAUGAAUAAAGGCGAUGUAGGCUGUGACCUUAUUAUACUGGGCUGGAUUCUGUGGGGUGGGACUGAGUAGAGGGGAUGACUCACUUUAUCUGGGGGCAUCGGGGAAGGCUUUCUAGGGGACCAGUCUGGAUCUUGGAAAAAACAGAGAGCUACUUUAUGCUUUAAUUUGCAUUAAAAUUGUCCAGUGGUAAAGCUUGAUAUGCUGUGUAGAUGGUAAAUGUUUCUUACUUAAUCAGAAAAGCAUCCUAAGAGUGAUGGAUUCUAAAUUGAUUUUUACUGCAGUGGAUGCAUACAAAAUGAAUGAAGGGAAUUAGUCUAUAGUUCCCCCACGCCCCUACCCUAAGAGAUAGUUUGUGUGAAAGAUUAUACAUGAGGGAGGAAACAACAGGGCCAAACCUGAAGGAUGAAAACUGAUUUGAUGGACUUGAGUUGAAAAUAAAAACAAGCAGAAUGAGGCUGCGAUUGCAAUGUGAAGUCAGCAUGCAUCUACUGUAAUUUAUUCAAAUCCAACCAGGCCCAGAGAGCAGGCCAGGCCCCCUUCUGUCCACUCCACCAUCCACGCUACUCUUGGGUCCACACUCUGGAGAGACCAUGAGAUCAAACGUAAGAAUCCUGCAUUCCUCUGUCAGUUUCAGCUCUUCACCUGCCUCUGAAAUGUAGUAAUUACGUCAUGGCCCCCCAGUGCAACCACGCCCUAACAGAAGCGAGCCACUUCAGCUGCUGCAUCUAUUCCAAUGCUGGAAGAAAAGCUAUUCAUGCCUAUGGGCAUUUGGGGCCUAUAGGACCUUAAUCCCUGCAUGCCCUCCCAAGCUGAGAUAUAGUUACACUUCUAGAGGACAGGGAAACUUCCUGAGGGGUGUAUUAGUGCAUUCUCGCACUGUUGUAAGGAAAUACCUGAGACUGUGUAAUUUAUAAAGAAACAAGGUUUGAUGAGCUCACGGUUCUGCAGGCUGUACAGGAAGCACAGUGGCUUCUGCUCCUGGGCUUCUGCCUCAGGAAACUUACAAUUGUGGCAAAAGGCGAAGGAGAAGCAGGCCCGUCUUACAUGGUUGGAGCAGGAGCGAGAUUAGGGAGCAGAUACUAUGCACUAUUAAAUGACCAGAUCUCAGAUGAACUCAUACACUAUCGCGAGGACAGUACUGAGGGGGAAAUCUGCAGCCAUGAUCCAAUCACCUCCCACCAGGCCCCACCUCCAACACUGGGGACCACAAUUCGACGUGAUAUUUGGGCAGGGAAAUAGGUCCAAACUGUAUCAAUUGGGGGGGAUGUGUCUGGGUGGAAGUGAGUCUUUUAUAUAUUUGGAGUGAUUGGGAGAGUCAGAACAACACAGUGUGGGCAGAGCGCUCUUGGUUGUAGAGACCAGCGACAGCAGUCCAGGUAUGACGGAAAUGAAAAUGUUAGCCAUGGCUUAGCAAAGGUCUUUUGAAAGAAACAAGUGAGUGUAGAUGUUUGCUCAUGGCACUAUUUCUAGGGCUUAGGUCAGGGGCUCAAGGGCCAUUCUCAAGGGUUUGCACCAGGAUAAUGGAGAGGAGGAAAAAGCCUGAGAGAUGGCACCUUAAAAUCAGCAAGACUGAAGAGUUCAUUAAGUAUGGGCUGCAGAGAAGAAGAUGAUUCAAAAAUGACUGAGAAGCUUGGGUGUUAGGAUGGUGAUACCGUUUUCAGCACUGGAGAACACAGGAGACGCAGGUGGUGCAUUGAGUCCUGGACGUGGUGAGUCGGAGGUGCUGCAGGGAUCCCCAGGCGAGCACUCACAGAAGCAAGUUGGAAGGGCAGGCUCUCCAUGCCUGUCCCGUGGCCAGCAUCAUUUCUCCACUCCCUGUCACCCUCGGAGGAAGAGUUUCAUCCAAAAGCUGGGUGAGCAUGCCCAGGUACAGCUAGGAAAGUGGAAAAUCAGAAAGCCAGGAGAGGAAAAUCAGACGUUGAAUAAAAGGAGGAUGAAUUCAGGGAACACUCAUCCCACACUGUCUAGCGUUACCCUUCAGGGUCCCUGCAAACCAUCUAGGAAAGAGCAUCACAGUGGAACUCCAGUCACACUUGUGAACGUGGAACCCUUCUUGGUGCCAGCAACAAGUGCAGAAUUACUGAGUGGCCCCUGUGCUGUGGCUUCAGCUCACUGCUCAAGGGCAGGGGCCACCUAGAGACUGAGGCCGCCUGGCUCCAGCCACUGGGGAGGUUUCCUACCCCAGCACUAAGGAGGCUGGUGGUGAGGGCUCCCAGGAAAUCAGAAAGGUGGUGAAAGGAGUGGAGGUUUUGAGAUUGCAAAAGAAAAUUUCUGGCCAGGUCCAGUAGCUCAUGCCUGUAAUCCCAGCACUUUGGGAGGCCAAGGUAGGUGGAUCACUUGAGAUCAGGAGCUGGAGACCAGCCUGGCCAACAUGGUGAAACCCCAUCUCUACUAAAAAUACAAAAUGAGCUGGGCUUGGUGGUGGGAACCUGUAAUCCCAGCUACUCAGGAGGCUGUGGCAGGAGAAUUGCUUGAACCUGGGAGGCGGAGGUUGCAGUGAGCCGAGAUUGCACCACUGCACUCCAGACUGGGUGACAAGAACGAGACUCUGUC